AACACGUAUUAAAUUACGUGGAGGCUUUCAGGUGGUGGACUUUAAACAGAGGUGGAGGGACAGGUGACGCAGGCUACAGACAACUCUCUUCCUCCUUGAAGGAAAGAAAGGGACGGGAAAAAUGGCUAAAUUCUUCACACCAGUUCAAAUCAAUGAGUACAAGGAGUGCUUCUCUUUGUAUGACAAGAAGCAAAAGGGCAAGAUUGAUGUCAAAGAUCUGAUCACAGUUAUGCGCUGCCUGGGCACAAGCCCCACGUUCGGUGAAAUUGAAAGACAUCUACAAGUUCACAAAAUUGAAAAGACAGGUGAACUGGACUUCCAUACGUUCCUGACCAUGAUGCACAGACAGAUACAACAGGAGGACCCAAAGACAGAGAUCCUGGAGGCCCUGAGGAUGACAGACAAGCAGAAGAAAGGAUACAUCCAGGCGUCUGAGCUCCGAGCCAAGCUCACCAAGUUGGGAGAGAAGCUCACGGACAAAGAAGUGGAUGAACUCUUCAGAGAGGCAAACGUCAAGUCAAAUGGGACUGUCAACUAUGAAGAGUUCACCCAGAUGGUAACACUGCCACCUGUUGAUUACUGAUUUUUCCAGGGAAAAACUUCAAAACAACAGCCAUGAUAAGGAGCUGACUUUACAUACAGUUUGCAGGGAAUACAUACUGUAUUAAAUAUACAUUUUGAGAACAACAGUUCUGCACUGGCAGACUUGUUGAAACUGUCUUCACUUAGUUUUUCCACAUGAUUAUUCCCUGAUUAUUUAAUUAAAUGAAGAAUGUCUUUCCUCUAUGACUGAACCCAUUGUGAAGCACUGCUGUUGUACUGUAUGACACAUACACACUAUAUGAUAUGACUUGGUAUGUUAUUUUUUGAUGUGAUCAAAACCAUUAAAUUCUCAGUACACCUUUUGUCUAACUUUCCAUGUAAACAAAUAAGUUUGAAUUUAAUGUCCAGUGUGCUACUUUGUGUGUGUACUUCAGUGUGCUUGUGGCACUGUUGACUUUCCACACAUCAGUAUUCUGUGCUCUGUGUUAGGAUCUGAAUACUCCUUCCAGCACUAAAAGUCACACAAUAACACAAACAAACUAAAGAGAUCGAGGCAGUGGUAUUCAAGCAACUCCUGUGUUCUGCUUGGUAAAAUCACUUUUUUUGCCACUGGAAUCCAGUCGCACUAUAACAUAAAAAGGAUCUUACUCUUUAAUAAAAGGUCAAACUCUGAACGAAUCCUAUCCAUAAUGUUGUCAGACACCUAUAAUAACAAUCUGAUCCUGUCAGCAGCAAAAACAAGCACUGUAGUGGACUUAAUGUGGCGUUGACAAUUGGACGUUGGAUUACAUUGCACCAGCUGUUAAGCAUUUCCUCUUGCUAAAUGCUGCACAGAUUCCAAAGAAUUUUGUCCCUAUUAAUCAUUUACACCCAAAAACAUUGGGAAAGUAAGGCCCAGGUUCAGAUUUGUCCCAUUAUCCGUGCAUGCAGCAUUUUCAGGCAUUUGACAUUAAAAAUAAUAAGCGACUCAUAAUAUCCAUUGUUUUCUUAUGAUAACCACUGACAUUGAAUAUCGGUUUUCACAAGUUUUAUUUAGUAGUAUAAAGCACAGUAUAUAAAUAUCCAUAUGUAGUAACAUAUCACUGAUUAAUAAAUGAAUAACAUUUUCUCCAAAACAUGUAAUUGACGUAUGGCCUAGUAACAGGUCAUUAAAAUGAGAGGGACUUUGUUAAGAGAUUGUAGUUAGCCAACUGACUGUGUUGAAAAAUGUGCUUAAUAACUGCAAUGACUGUAACAUUGUCAUUUCUAUUUUGAAAAAUACUGUACAUACCAAUUGUGGGCAGGUAAGCAUCAUAUAGCCACUUGGCUAGAGUCUUGAUUUUGUGCUUGGAAACCAACAUAAUGAUCAAAUGAUCAGUUCAACAAACUAAACUGAGAAAAAGAAUGAUUAUGAUCUUAGUUGCAGUAAAAGGCUUGUAUAGUCCUUGCAGUCAAACAUCAACUGUAUUUCAGUGUGGGAAUAUGUUAAUAAAUAAAAUGUGAAUGUAUCAGUCAAGUCAGGUAAAACUAACAUAAACAAUGUACGUGUGCUUCA